GCGCCGCGCGACUGGCGGCGGCUGGGGCCGGAGAUCCCGGCCCGGGUCCAGUAUGUCUUCUCUUCGGAAGCAGGUGUUUACUGAGAAAGUGCUGAAGAGACUUUUCCCUAACGUCUCAAGUGGUCAAGAAAAGGGCACUCCCCAGACUCCAGCUUUGGACACACCAUCCAAGGACGCGACCCCUGAAACGGUACAGCAGAAGCCAGUUCGUGGUCUGACAGCUGGUGACAUUAAGAUCCAACCUGAGCGUCGCCUCUACACCGUGAGUCUGCCUCCUCCAGGGUAUAUCCCUUGUUUGCCAGAACCGACCAGCUGUGCGGAUUCCGAAAACGCCUCCAGCGGGGGUGACACAGAAGACCCCGGUCUUCCUGACCAGCCGAAACGACGAAGAAUUAGACGACACAAGUCAAAGAAGAGUAUUAAAAGCCUUGGUGGCGUUACCGUAAGGCAAACGGAACUAGAGACACAGCGAGAGAAAACGCACCCGCCACAUCCAGAUGCCCCCGCCAUGAGCAGAAAUAAGAAAAGGAAGUGGAGGGCAAAGCUGAGGCUGAGGAGGAAGAGAGAAGCAGGCUUAGCCGCCAGGGCCUCUGCGGCCAGCUUCACCUACGAGCCCGAGAGCAGCGAGGAGGCAGAGGUGGAAGGCGAUGUGGGAGGAGAGGAAGAAGAGGAUCCCGAGAGCUCAGUCGCAGACACCGCCCAGGAAGACACUGAGCUCGCCAGCAGCAGGGCGGACAGCCUCCUGAGCUUUCUGAAGUCAACACAAGAAAUCUACUUCUACGAUGAAGCUUCCAGAGAGGACCCAGCUGUGAGCGCAGAAGCUGCUGAAGAGCUGCUUCGCCUCCUCGAGUCUGGACGCUUGCCUCCCGCAGACGUGCUCAUCCUGGACCACAUGAAAACCCUGCUGCUUCUGCAGGACACCGAGAGACUGACAAGCGCCCUGAAGAUGUUCCCCGAGCACUGCAUGAUGCCUCCAGACCAUGCCAGAAUAAUCUCGGCUUUCUUUAAUUAUUGGAUCACGCAGAUUCUUCCUGAAAAAAGCAGUGAAUAAAUCAUUGUCACCUGAGAAGAGCUGUCAUUUAACACGGAGGUGUUAGGUACGCAUAGGAUGCGAACUCAGACUUCACGAUUGCACAUAAAGAGUUAUUUAUUAUUUUUUUCUUCGGCGAAUCAAACCCUGGAGACAUUGAAGACAUUUCUACCCUGUUAUUUAUUUCCGUGUUUGUAUGUCAUAGGUAAGGUAUCCUCUGAGACUUUAAGUGAGAAACUGGGGUAAAAUGAGAGCAUUUACUUGCUUACCGUUACGCGUACAUUGAUUUACUUCAUAAAACUAGAUUGUCUUUUGAUGCCUGUAACAGAAAUAGAUAUUUUAUUAAAUAAACUAUAUAGUUUGAAGUUA